AUGCAGCUUUCCGCUUUCCUCCUCGCUAUUGCCCCGGUGGCCGUCAUGGGCUGGUCUCACCCUGGCUGCAGCAAGUCCGGCAACAGCUGCUUCAACUCCGCGCUCGUUGAGUACAAGUGCGGUAUUUCUGACGCCGAAUGGCCUCCCUUCCCUCCCUGCGAGUCUGUCGACGCGGCCGUCGGCUACUGGUGCUGUCCUCCUUAA